UGCUCGCACCUUUAGAACAACUACAGUACGAAUCAUCAAGCAUGGCUUUUUGUAAUAAUCUCAAGUUAUUGCGUUACCCAAUUAAUCCCUUGGUGCUUUAAAUCUUUAUCUUGGACAGAUUCCUACAUCAACGGUAAAUGCAAGAGGAAAACUUUACCACAAACCAAUGCAACGAGUUGUGAGUUGUAAACAAAAUGACACAAAUAUGACUCUCAGACACCGGAAUCUAAUGCAAUUGUUCAAAUAAAAACUAAUAGAGUUUGAUUUUUGAUUCCCAAAAAGGAUGAAUGAUUUGAUCAGUUUAAACCGUUUAUGAAUCUUAAAGAAGAUUAAAGUUCUUGCUAUUUAAAGGCAAAACGACGAGAGUCGUUGUUUCAGUUUUCAUCUUCAUCUUUUUCUCGUCAAACUCAAAAUGACUUUAUUUGUAUCUUUUUUGUUGCUUACAUUACCCAUCACUUCAAAUGGACUCCCGUUGUCUUCUGGAAAGUCACAAUCGACUUUCCCAUCUCAUGACAAUGAAUUUAUUGAUCAGGUCUGCGGUCGCGAUACUAACCCAGGAAAAAUACCAUUCUACGCUUCAAUAGAAGUAGAUCAUCCAACCGAGCAUUACAAAUUGCGCGGUGGUGUUCUGAUUGCAGAUCGAUGGGUCUUGACUGAAGCUUAUUUCAUAAUCAGUCUUCUUGAUCCCAUGCGAGUUGUUCUAGGGGACGAAUGGAACAACAAAACAAUUGGAGUGAAAGGUGCUGCCAUCCAUCCGGAUUUUACUUACGAAAGACCCGUGCCCAAUAUUGCUCUUUUAUAUUUGAAUGAGCCAGUUCAGUUCAGCAGGAGUAUUCAACCAAUUUGUUUACCAGAACCUGGACAAGAUGAAACUUUUUAUGGUCGCUAUGGGAGAGUUGCUGGCUGGGAAAAACUAAAUCAAAAAAAGACAAAAUUACAGCCAAAUAUUUAUGUAACCAGUUUGCCGAUCAUAAAAUCUGAAACUUGUCGAAGAUUUUACGUAAAAUCUGAAGUCAAUAGGAAAAAUAUCACUGAUUCCUUUUUUUGUGCUGGUUACCCGAAAGGACGAAAAGAGGCGUGUUUUCCUGAUCGUGGCGAUCCAUUGAUGGUCAAAGUAGAAAAACAUUGGGUAAUUGCUGGAAUCACAUCGAUUAACGUGAGCUGUGAUUUGCCUCAUGCACUUGAUAAUUACCUAAGAAUUGGACUUUACUUGGACUGGAUUAAAAGAACAAUAGAACAAAAUAAUAUUUAA